AUGGAUAUUGAAAAAACAGAAUUCUAAAGACAACUCGAUUCUCUUCUAUAAAAAGAGAAAACAGCGCGUUUAAAUAACGAAUUUUAGGAAAGUGUUAAACUCUUAAAGCAAAUAGUCUAAUUUGCAUGGGAUAUGAAAGAAUAUGAAACAAUGUUCUAAUAAAUUAUUUCAUUAUCGAAGAAAAGGGGGUAAGUAAAAAAAGCCUAAAUUGAAAUGGUUAAAUAAUGCAUGUUAUACAUUUCCCAAUUAGAUGACUAAAACUUAAAAAUAAAAUUAAUAUAAACUUUAAAGGAAGUUUGUGACAAGAAAAUAUUUUUAGAAGUAAAAAAAAAAUUAUAAUAUUAUAUAAAUAUAUACAUAAACAAAAAAAAGGUAGAAUAUGCUAGGUGUUGCCUUCUUUUAGUAAAAUUAAAAGAAGAUGAUAACGAAAUUAAUGAAGCUGCAAAGAUACUACAAGAAGUUCAAGUAGAAACAUACGGAUCAAUGGACAGAAGAGAAAAACUAGAAUUCAUAUUAUAUUAAAUGAAGAUAAUGAUAAAAAAAUAAGACUAUGUACGUUUAAUAAUUAUAUCAAAGAAAGUAAAUCCAAACAACAUAAACGAUAAAAAUCUAGUAGAUUUGAAAAUACAAUAUUAUGCUUAUCUUGUAGUUUAUUAUAAUCACGAGAAUAAAUAUAUGGAAGCAUGCAAUUCUUAUAAGUAAAUAUUAGAUACUUUAAAUGAUAAGAAUAAUUAAGACAUUUAAUUCAAUACAACUUUAGAUUUCGGAUUCGAUUGUACAUUUCAGAAUAUUUUUGAAAAUAUGAUAUCCUUUUUGAUUAUUACUAAACAUACUCAUGAAUAAGUAUAACUACUCAAUUAAUUAACUACUAAGUACAAGCAUAUUUUAGAAAGAUAUUCUAAUUUAAAACAUGUUGUUGAAUAAUAUUUAUUAGAAGAACUUAUUUCUACUAAUCCUUCAGAAUAUAACAUUGGGGAUAUUUGGUGUUUCUCUAAAGCUCCUAAUCAUGAAAAACAUUUGUAAGAUUUCAGAAAAUAACUGAUUUAACAUAAUAUUAGAAUUGUGAAUAAAUAUUAUGAAAACAUUAGUUUUGCAAGACUUGCUAAUCUUCUUAAUAUCACUGAAAACGAAGCUGAAUCAGAAUUAUGUGAAAUGAUUAAUGAAAAAUUGGCUUUUUGUAAAAUUGAUAGAUUAGAUAAAAUUGUCAACUUUAGAUUAAAAAAAUCAGAAAACGAUAUUCUUAAUUCUUGGUCGAAUGAUAUUAAUCAGCUUUUAGCACUUAUUGAUUCUACUUCUAAUCUUAUUAAGAGAGAAGAAGAAUUAUAUAAAAAUUGAUUUUAUUUUUUUAUAUA